GACAUUGACCUUAGAAGCAUAAGGUGAGAGCACGGCCGCUGCCGACGCGCGGAUGUUUUCAGUCGCGAUUUGUCCGCGCCGCAACUUUGUCGUUCGGGCGACGCACAAGCGCCCAGUUUCCGCGUCCUACGGUUCAAGUGCGUGAUUUAACGUAAAAGUGCUAGUGUUCAAGUUACGCUUUAUAUACGUCAAGAUCGGAUUGUUGAUAACAUUUUAUUCAUGCUGAUGCUGUGAAAAAAUUAAGUAAAAUGACAUUGUCAGCGCCCCCGAGCAUCGACGACUAUGAAGAUCCGUUCGUGAUGAACACGACGAACGUGACGAGCCACCCCGCCGCCUACGACGAGCAGUACGCGCUCGACCUGGUCGUGCCGCUCACCGUCACAUAUGUCAUCAUCUUCGUGGCCGGCAUCCUGGGCAACACCAGCACCUGCGUGGUCAUAGCCAGGAACCGCUCCAUGCACACCGCCACCAACUUUUACCUGUUCAGUCUAGCAAUAUCAGAUCUCAUAUUAUUAGUAUGUGGCUUACCAUUUGAAGUGCACAGAUUAUGGAACCCGGACACGUAUCCGCUAGGCGAGGCGCACUGCAUCGCCAUCGGGCUGGCGUCAGAGACGUCAGCCAACGCGACAGUAUUGACAAUAACAGCGUUCACGGUGGAGCGGUACAUAGCGAUAUGUCGACCCUUCAUGUCGCACACCAUGUCCAAGCUGUCAAGAGCCGUGCGCUUCAUCAUAGCUAUAUGGGUGUUUGCGUUGUGUACCGCCGUGCCCCAGGCGAUGCAGUUUGGUAUAGUGUCGUAUGUGGAUCAUGGGCAGAACGUGAGCGCGUGUACAGUGAAGGGUGUGGGGGUCCAUCAAGUGUUUGUUAUAUCUAGUUUCGUGUUCUUCGUAGUGCCUAUGUCGAUGAUAUCAGUGUUGUACGCGUUGAUAGGCAUUAAGUUGCGGACCUCUCGAGUGUUGCAUCCCGUUAAGAAGCUGUCAGUGGAGAGCAAUGAAAGACCUGGUCAGAUGCAGUACAGAAAUGGUGCGUCACAAAGAAGAGUCAUCAGAAUGCUCGUUGCAGUGGCGCUAUCAUUCUUCAUUUGCUGGGCGCCUUUCCACGUACAAAGACUGCUGGCUAUCUACGGGAAAAGCUUGGAGCACCCAUCAGAUACCUUCUACUUGGUCUACAUCGUACUGACGUUUUUAUCGGGGGUGCUAUAUUUCCUGUCGACCGCCAUCAACCCCUUCCUAUACAACAUUAUGUCGAACAAGUUCAGAAACGCCUUUAAGGUGACGCUGGCGACAUGGUGCGGUCGAGGCGGGCCCCGGAUGGGCCGAACAUACAGUGCUUUACUAGCGUCUCAGCGGCUGAGGGCCGGCGGCCCGGGUGCGUGCGCCAGUGUGCGGGGCCCCCGGCGUCUGCGCAGGCUGUCCACUGCCACCACACAGUUAUAUGAUGCGCCGCCCCGAGCGCAGGUGAGGUCAGGCCCACAAUCAAAUACUAAAUGGGAACAAUGGGCUACGUGCUACAACGGGCGCGAUCUACCAACCGUUAACGAGUCCCCUAGCGGGAACGGGCACUGGGGCCGAGCGUGGCGGCUACGCAUCCACGACCCCUCCGACUCCGUCGACUCCCCUCGCAGCAUCUCCAACUCCAGUCUUCGCGAGGUUGACGACGAGCUCACCGGCGAGGAGCUGGCCACCUACAUGUACCACGUGAACUGUAACAUCGGCGGACUCACCUGAGACACGUCCGUGUAAGCGACAGUGACCACGCCACGCUCUCCCGAGCAGAACUACAGUGACGGUAGUACGGCCUAACAGUGUGAUCUAUUUUAUAGACGUUUUUAAGCGAUUUUAAAAUUGUAUAUAAUCCAUUGUUGUCCAUUGUUAGUAACGGCUUUGUUAAUAUUUCAAGGUUAACGUGCACUCGAACGUCCAUUUUGAUGUUAAGUGCUAAUCUGUGUUAGGUGGAAAGAUGAUGGGAAAAUAACGAAAAUAUGUGUCCUUGAGAAUUUAUGUAAUGGAUGGAGUAGCCAUUACAGCUUACUCUUGGAUAUGUGCCGUGGUUAUGGGUUAAUACCUACCUAUAGAUUUACAAAAUCCCUGAGACUUGCCCACUGUGUCAUAAAGCUGUAAUCUUUGGCACGCACUGCCCAUUAUUCAUCCAAGAAUCUAUUAAUUACGUUAGGGUGACACUUUACCUUAAAUAAUAGUUAGCCGCAUAAAUCUACAGUCAAUAUCCAAAGGUUGGACAUUGUUUUCACGUAAAAUCAUUGUUAAUACUCACGUAUAUGUAAAGUAUCGAUCAAAACUGUCAGUGAUAUAUACAAAGCGUUUUUAUUUAAUUUUUCGAACAAAGUUAUGUAUGGACUAUAAAUUAAAUGUCUGCAUAGAUAGGUGUAUAAAUAAGUAACUUUAGACUAUAAUACUCUACUGAUAGUUUUAAGUUACGGUGGUUGUAAAAAGUAUGUGCUAAGCACAAUAUACCUAAUAAAAAAAACGAUGAGUGUGAAGUGAGCAGUUGAUUGAAAUUGGUGUUUAGUUGAGAAAGUACUCCAAUAAAUUUUGUUUGUGUUGAGCUAAGGAAAGUGAGAAUUCCGAAUGUUAAAUGUACCGUUGUUUCCCGCCCAAACCUGUAAGGGUCGAGAUAUACAUCACGGAGCUAUCAAGGACGUUCAGAGCAACUUUAUUCAUGUUCGUGACAGCUGUAUCACGAUAUACAUACCUAUGUAUGUCUCUGAUUUAGUUCGGCGAGUGUGAGCUGACCGGCAUAUAAUUAAUGAGACACUAGUGUCCAUACUUGAUGAGACUGUAAUCGACGGAGAGUAUAUUGAAAACAUUUUUUUUUAAUUCUGUGUAAAUAUAAUUGUAUAUCUUAUGUCUCUACUUCCUUAAGAGAUAAAAAUGCAUUAAACAUUGUCAAUCGGGUGGAACAACAGUAGGUAUACAUUAAAAUAAUUUGCCGUAAAUGUAUAAAAAAACAGACUGCAAAUAAGGUAUACUUAUGUCAAUAAAAAGAAAAGCGUUUAGGUAGAGACUAAAAUAGUGUGAAAAGCGAAGUGAUGUUUUUAUUUUUGACAAUAUUUUGAAAAGCGACUUUGUGUACGAUGAGUUGCCUUUUUAUACAUUUAUUUUUUAUUGGAUUUUGUACUAGUAUGUGGCGAUAGUUAUAAAAUAAAAAAAUAAAAGGCUUUGGCUGUGUAUUUCGUUAGAUAUUAAAGGUAGUGAAAAGAGUGUAAAACUGAUUGUAAAUUAUGCUACGAUGUUAUUCCAUUAUGUUUGGUCAAAUGUGAUUUUUUAUCGAAUGAAAUUGUGAUACAUCUGUAAUGCAAUUACGGGGUAAACUUCAUAAAAGAUUUUUCUUUCUUCUUUAGAUAUUUAUAUAAAUUAUAUUCCAAAGACUGCAUUACCCCUUCGAAAGAAUUUCAUAAAGUAAUAUGAUUUAUUUGUUAUAUUCUUCUAUGUUUUUGUUCAGUUAUGUUAAUUUUUCGUAGUUCCAUUUCAGGUGUUUCAUCGUACGCAUGUCACAUUAAUGUGUUAUAGUAAUUAAUAUCAUUGUUAAAGGUAGGUAAAUAAAUUGUUGUUGUAAAAUAUCAUAACGAGUGAUCUAUUUUGAUUAUUGUAAUGUCAAUGAAUUAAAAGGAAUUUGCCCCAACAUGA